CAACUGUAGCCGCUUGUGAGGCUUCGGUAUGGCUUCACGGGUCUACGACACGGCGUCAUAGGUUCCUGACGUAGCUUCACGGGUUUCCGACGUAGGCUUACGGGUCUACGGCGUGGGCUCAUGGGUUUACGACAUGGGUUUACGGGUCUACGACGCGGCUUCAUGGUAUGCGAUACUGGUUUCGUGGGCUUACGGAAACUCGUCUGGAUGGAUUUACUGCUUGUCUGUGCUGUCGACGUAUUUGGAUUGCUUACCCAGAGGUGACCGUACCGCCUACUGCAUGGUUUUACCGCUGGCUCCAGACAAACUCGGCCCUCUGCAAUGAUACACUUGUACAACCCCCUGCAUAAAUUCUGAUCCACGUUCGCUG